AUGACUAAGUUGAAUGUACCCCCAUUAUAUUGCAAUAAAUUAAAGAACUACUAUCAUUGUUAUUUUGAUCCUGAUUAUGGCCUCCCAGAGGAAAGACCUCCACUCAUCUUAGUUAUUAUGUGGGGUCUGGCAGGGAGAUCAUUACCUCAGAGUUACCAACUAAAUCUUGUUUGGUUGGUAUGUGAUCUUCACACAAAUGAAUUACCACUGAGACAUCUUAUUCAUGAAUUGGAUGGUCAAACACUGAGCAAUAAUCGAUGGUCAGGACCAAUUGGUAAAAUAUUUGAUGAUGCAGUAGACCUGGAUAUAAAUCCAAAUUUUAUCAGGAUAACUGUUGGUCUUCCAUUGAUUGAGUUAAAACAGAGUUUGAUUGAUGACCUCAGCACAGACCAGUAUUAUGGAUACAUGAUUGUUAAUGCUAUCAGAUCUAGUGUUGUGCCUGACAGGCUUGCGAACUUACAGAUUGGACCUGUCUGUCACUCAAGAUGGUUGACUACAGCUCUAAGAUGUUGCAGAUUAUGGGUUUCAAAUCAUGGUCUGAAAGAUAUGCCACUUAUAAAUUUGAAAUUGAUUGUCGAAUUUAUAGUCGGAGUUUAUAUGACUAAUUGGUUUAACAUCAAAGUAAAGCAUAGUUGGAUUGAUGGUCCGAGACAUGUACUUUUACAGCUUGAGCUUUUGAGAAGCCAAGACAAAGAGGUGAUGCAGAUAGUGAUGCCUGUGGUAAGAAGAUCAGCCUGGUAUGCACAUUCUGAAGCUGUCAUCAAGACACUGAUUUGUAGUGACAAGGAGGAAGAAAGAAAAGUUGGAAUUGAAAAGAUUCUUGAGAUCAGAGGAAAAGCAGAUGAGAAUGUUCAGAUGGGGGAUAUGAGUUUAAGACAAAGGGUAACACCAGAGAUCAAUCCUGAUGCCAGCAGCCUACUUGAACUCAUUCAUUGGGAUUCUGAAAUGUAUGAAUCUCCUCUAACUUGUAGCUUAACAACGGCUCAAGUCAAACAAUUUUUGCACACUCCAAUGAUAGUCCCAGACUGGCCCUCUCACAUUCAAAGUAUUGAGAGAUGUGUCAAGAUGGUUACAGAGACAAAUGAGCAUGUCUACAGUCAGGAAAGAAGGCAUGGAUAUAUUAGAUCACAGAUCAUCAGCAGACAACUAAUGAGUAGACAUGCGAGCAAGAAGGACACAAAGACAUCUUGUAAGUUUGGAAAUAAUUGA